UCAAAAUUUGCUGAGAAGAAUUGCGUGAAUGCAGACAGCUAACAGAUGAAAUGUCACUGAGUCUGUGAUUUAUCUUUCCUACGUUUGCAGAAUGCAUUCAUGAAAGACAAGUUUGAGAUUAAGAUUGAGACGUGGCAUAAGCCAGACAUGGGAGAAAUGGACAAUGUACAUGGAAUAGACAAAGAACAAUGGGCCAACACUGAAAUUGUGAACAUUGACAUUGCUGAAAAAAUCAAUCCAAAGGACUACAAAGAAGACCAGGAUCCAGCCAUCUUUAAGUCAGAGAAGACCGGCAGGGGGCCUCUGGGGCCUAACUGGAAGGAAGAACUUGUCAACAACCCCAACUGUCCACAUAUGUGUGCCUAUAAACUGGUCUCAGUAAACUUUCAGUGGAUGGGACUGACGACCAAGAUGCAGAACUUCAUUCAUAAAAUGGAAAGGCGUAUUUUUACCGUCUUCCACAGACAGCUAUUCUGCUGGAUUGAUAAAUGGAUCGAUCUUUCCAUGGAGGAUAUCAGACGGAUAGAGGAUAACACAAAGGAACAGUUGGAUAAGAUGAGACAGCAUGAUGAAGUUAAAGGAAUGGUUGCCCAUUAAUGCUCUUCGGUGCUCCUGCAGUCAGACUCCACUUCUCACACUUGGACCAAGACCAACUUCAUGGAAUUCUUUCGUUUCCUAUUUUGAGCUUAUAAUCAUAAAUUGUAAAGCAACUGUGCCUGGAUUUACAUUGUUGAUCCUCUUAAACCGAAAGAGGAAACAUUUUCCUUGUCGUUAUUUUCAGUGCAUCACAACAGUUGCUUAUUGUUGUUUGUUUUAAUUAGUAUCACUUUUGUUUGGGCUUCUUUACCAGCACUUUCCGUGUAUAAUUUGAUGUAUCACAUCAAAAAUACAUCUUUAGUGUGCCACCAUAAGUCUUUCCAAUGUAAAAGCUUAGUCUGAUAUGCUUUGUUAUGCCUUCAGAGGAGCGAACAAUACUGAUGAUGGCUGGGUCAACCUCGCGGUAAAAAAACAACUGCUGUAUAGUUUUGGAUUUUGGGUACAGGUGGUUUUACAGAUACACUGGUCAUAUAAUUGUACUGACAGCGGCAAAUUAUAUCUUUAUCAAAUAAAAUGACAUGUAUUUUAAUGUCAUAAGAUGGGUUGUGUGCAUUAAAUAUACUUUUUGUUCA